AUGGGGUUCCUACAAAGCCAGUUGCUCACCACGCUUCCCUAUCCCACAGAAUCGUAUGAGGGGAAGACGAUCGUCAUCACUGGCAGCAACGUGGGCUUAGGGAAAGAAGCUGCACGGCACUUUGCUCGUCUCGGCGCCAGCAGACUCAUCCUCGCAGUUCGCAGCCAGGAAAAAGGAACUGCCGCCAAAGAGGACAUUGAGAGCACCACCAAAUGCGACACAAAAGUCAUUCAGGUCUGGAACCUUGACAUGAGCAGUUAUGCAAGUGUGAAAGCCUUUGCUGCCCGUGUCGAGGCGGAACUCGACCGAGUCGACAUGUUUUGCGCCAAUGCGGGAAUCGCCACGUCCGAAUACGAACCUGCCGAGGGUAACGAGAAGACGAUCACCAUCAACGUUAUCUCAACAUUUCUUCUCGCUGCGCUCGUCAUGCCGAAGCUCAAGGCUACAGCACAAACAUUCGGCACCCGACCCACCUUAACCAUCACGGCGUCAGAGGUCCACGCAUGGACUGACCUGCCUCAGAGGUCAGCAGAAGACGGCCAGAUCUACAACACACUGAAUCAAAAUGCCCGGGAAGCAAAGGCCGUCGACGAUUACUACCCCAUCUCAAAACUUCUCGAGGUUUUCGGCGUGCGCAGCAUCGCCGAACAGAGCCCUGCUGCCACGUUCCCGGUGACAGUCAACUGCGUGAACCCUGGCCUCUGUCACUCGGAACUCUCUCGCAAUACGGCAUCCUGGGCAGCUGUGCGCUUUUCGCUUUUCAAAUGGCUUCUUGCUCGGACCACAGAAGCUGGGAGUAGAACGAUUGUUCACGCCGCUUCGCAGGGGGCUGACACGCAUGGCCAGUACAUGUCGGAUGCCCAGAUAUCGCAGCCAGGCAGCUUCGUGCUCAGCGACGAGGGCAAAAAUACGCAGGAUCGAGUUUGGUGUGAGUUGUUGGAAAGACUUGAAGUCAUUCAACCGGGGGUUACGAAGAAUUUCCUCUGA